AUGGCUCCAGUUCCUAUUGAUCUCUCGAAAAUCAACUACCGUGCACUUCUCAGACACAACCUACCUGGAGGUGGCCCAUUCUUGGGUACCAGAUUCCAGAGGGGUGGUAAUAUGAGAGGAGCGGGACUAGGUGGAAUACUAACAGCUGCCCUCACACUCAUUCCAAGAUUUCUGAAUUCUCGAAUAGGACAACAUCUCAUUAAAGCAGGAAAAGAGUUGGCCACGGAGUUGGUAAAUGGAAAUCCAAUCAAAGAAAGUGUAAAAACCGUGGCCAAGAGAAAACUCAAAGAAUUUGCUGGUUCUGGCAAAAAACGACGACUUCAUUUACUCGAGAAAAGUAUAAAAGCACCAAGCAUAGCAGUUUUGAAACCUCAUUUGGUUAAAGAAUCCACACGCACCAAUUUUCUCUAA